AUGAAGCUGACUCUGGUGCAGAUCUUCUUCAUGCUACUGCUGCUUCUGCUGGGCCUGGGGAUGGGCCUGGGGCUGGGUCUUCGCAUGGCCGCAGCCGUCCUGGAGGACAGCAGCCAGUCACUGGAAGAGUUUUGGUCCGGUGACUUUCAGGAUAGAGCUGAGGCCACUGAGAAGGCAAAGAGCGCCCGAACCACAGAAACCCCUGUGCUUAGCAACAAUGAAGUAGAGCAAUCUGGCUGGCAAGAAGACAGCAUCCUCAGCGAAGAUGAGGUUGUAGGAAACAAGGUGCCCAGAGCUGGGACCCCCUCUCGGGGCAAUAAAGAGUAUCUGAGGUUUGACUUGCUCUACAGGGAAUGCAACAGCCUGAUGGCAGAGAAGGUGAAGGAGAGCAAUCGCAGCUGCAUAACACAGUACAUCUUCAUCCACGAGGAACCAAAAACGGUCAAAGCUGUCUGUAGCAGUCCUGCCGUUGCCUGUGAGUUCAUGAAGGGCAAAUGUCACAAAAGCCCCCGGCCUUUUGAUUUGACAUUCUGCAAGUUAUCCAAACCAGGCCUACUUACCCCUCACUGUGAUUAUCACACUUUUGUUCUGGAAAAGUACAUUUUUAUAACCUGCAAUGACCAGAAGAUCCAGAUAGCAUCCGGACAAUGA